AUGACAUCCUCCUCACCGGAGGAAGCGGGGGCUGGCGGUGUUCCACCAAAAGGGCUCUCCUGAAUCAGAACUGUACGGAAAGGUUCCGUGCGAGCCGCUGCUCGGAGCCACGUGAGACCAGGGCGCGUUUCCGGUGCAGCCGGAGUGAGAGACCUGCCUUCCGAAGGGGACCAUGGCCAACAGUGAGCGCACCUUCAUUGCUAUCAAGCCUGAUGGGGUCCAGCGGGGGCUGGUGGGCGAGAUCAUCAAGCGUUUUGAACAGAAGGGAUUCCGCCUUGUUGGCCUGAAAUUUAUGCAGGCUUCAGAAGACCUUCUCAAGGAGCACUACAUUGACCUGAAGGACCGUCCCUUCUUUACUGGCCUCGUGAAAUACAUGCAUUCAGGACCAGUGGUUGCUAUGGUCUGGGAGGGAUUAAAUGUUGUGAAGACAGGCCGGGUGAUGCUUGGAGAAACCAACCCUGCAGACUCUAAACCUGGGACCAUUCGAGGAGACUUUUGCAUCCAAGUUGGCAGGACUAUGGCCAACCUCGAGCGUACCUUCAUUGCCAUCAAGCCAGAUGGCGUGCAGCGCGGCCUGGUGGGCGAGAUCAUCAAGCGCUUCGAGCAGAAGGGGUUCCGCCUGGUGGCCAUGAAGUUCCUUCGGGCUUCUGAAGAGCACCUGAAGCUGCACUACAUUGACCUCAAAGACCGUCCUUUCUUCCCGGGAUUGGUGAAGUACAUGAACUCGGGGCCUGUGGUGGCCAUGGUCUGGGAGGGGCUCAAUGUGGUAAAGACAGGUCGAAUGAUGCUGGGAGAGACCAAUCCAGCUGAUUCUAAGCCAGGCACCAUUCGAGGGGAUUUUUGCAUUCAGGUUGGCAGGAACAUCAUUCAUGGUAGUGAUUCAGUGCAAAGUGCAGAGAAAGAGAUCAAUCUAUGGUUUAAGCCUGAAGAACUGAUUGACUACAAGCCUUGUGCUCAUGACUGGGUAUAUGAGUAGAGGUGGAUAUCUGGGUCCUUUUCAGCAUUAUUGAUGGAUCCCUGAACACAGCUCUUCAUUCCAAAGAAUGAAUGGAUCAUCUUUUCUAAAACAACAAA